UUGUCACCCUGCUGUAAUAUGUGUUUUUUGCGAUUUGUUUCUGAGACACAUAAUCUAAAUAAUAAAUUUACGGAAACGGGAGUUACUCAUUUUUUUUCUGUCCCCCAGGCGACACUUUUAUGAAACUAAGUUUAAUCUCAUUAUAAAUCUUUAGUAUGCGCACAUACGCGCACAACACACAAUAUGAGUAACAAUCUUGUUGCUUGACCGUCCAAUGUUUGGUUCUAAUAUUUGUUUACUAACCCAGGCCAGUGCACUCUCUCCCCACUCCCGCCGUCCCUCUGUCUAUACACUGUAACACACGCACACGCACACACACACCAAGGCCACCUACAAAAUAUUAAAAUAUUAUUAGCUCUGCAAUCUGUAAAAUUGCGUUUUUAAUAUAAUAUGCCAGUGCCUUUUUAAAAUAUCUAAAUUACAUAUUUUGCAUUUGUAAUGAGUAAUUCCUUUGUUUCUACGUGCCGAAUGGCUGCUUUUCAAACAUCCCAGGCUGUAUGUGGGGUUAAUUUGCUGUGGCUUUCUGCUGACUUUGCAUGGUUUGUAGGUCAUAACAGUGAGAUUUCUGUUUGAUAAGACUUCUGUGAAAACAGGGAGAGAGAGAGAGAGAGAGAGAGAGAGAGAGAGAGAGAGAGAGAGAGAGCUGCAAUGCAAACACUGGUCAUUGUGACAACUGUGUGAGGCAUCUCUUGAACAAAUAGACAGAAAUUGAUGUUUGACAGUGAGAACAUGUACAUGAGCAUGUCAGAGCCGAGCCAGGACUUUGUGCCAGCAAACCAGUUUCGUGUGCCAGACAGCCCAAGCCAGCCGCAGCAAAAUAUGAAACAGACUGGACCCCCCUGGAAAAGAGAAGUACCGUCUCCCAUGGACUGCCAUCGACUACCAUGGCAGUCUUACCCUGUGCCCAGCCUUGGUGAUGAAGACUUCAACAUUCCACCCAUUACCCCACCCACACUGCCGGAGCACCCACUGGUCCACAUGCCCGAGUCAGACUCUGCAGGGUACCAUUCCCUCUGCCCCCCCAUGCCUCAGAAUGGACUACACCCCUUCCACCCACAAAACAUGGACCUCCCGUCCAUCACAGUCUCCAACAUGUUGAGCCAAGAUGGUGCCCUGCUUUCAAAUUCCUUGUCUAUGAUGCAAGAGAUGGCCAACUCUGAGACAUCCCGAUACAACAGCCAUCCACAAAUGGAGGCUCUGAGGCCCAGACUCCAGUCGGUCAUGAUGCCGCAUGGUCAGCUGACCACCAUCAACCAAUCCCAACUCAGUGCUCAGCUGGGUUUGAGCGGAAACAACGUCCCCCAUAGUUCCCCUUCACCUCCUGGAAGCAAAUCUGCGACUCCCUCUCCCUCCAGUUCAGUACAUGAAGAUGAAGCAGAUGAGUCUUUAAAGAUGAAUGGGGCCGAGAAGAGGCCAGCCACAGAUGUGGGAAAGAAGCCCAAAACCCCAAAGAAGAAGAAGAAGAAGGACCCCAACGAGCCGCAGAAGCCCGUCUCCGCCUACGCGCUCUUCUUCCGCGACACCCAGGCCGCCAUCAAGGGACAAAACCCCAACGCCACCUUCGGCGAAGUUUCCAAAAUCGUGGCCUCCAUGUGGGAUGGCCUUGGUGAAGAACAGAAACAGCUGUACAAGAAGAAAACAGAAGCCGCUAAGAAGGAGUAUCUCAAACAGCUGGCUGCGUACAGGGCAAGUUUGGUUUCCAAGAGUUACAGCGAGCCUGUUGACGUGAAAACAUCCCAAGCCUCGCAGAUGCUGGGCUCCAAGCAGCAGGCUUUCCCCGGGGCCCCACAGGCCCACUCAGGCCUGUACAUGGGACACCCUUAUCACCAGCAGCCAGGGAUGAACCCUCACCUGCCAGCCAUGCACCCCGGCCUGCCCCGCAGCAUCGCCCCCAAGCCCAACGCCCAAAUGCCAGUGACUGUCUCCAUCACCAACAUGGCGGGGUCAUCCCCUCCCCCGCUCCAGCUCAGCCCGCCUCUGCACCAGCACCUCGGCCUCCAGCAGCAGCACCAGUCCAUCGCCAUGCAACAGCAGCUCGGCAACCACCAGCUCUCCCUCCACUCCCCGUCCAUGUCGCAGGGUUUUCCACUUCAAGCAGAAUUCCAGAACAUCCUAAACUGCACAUCCUCAGGGGGCCAGGUGGUGUCGCCCUCAAUGGAUUACAUCCGUUCAGGGUGCAGGAAUCCUUCUGCGCAGAGUGUGGACUGGACCACUGACUACUGCAGUAAUGGAAACAUGCAAAGAGACAAAGCUUUGUAUCUCACCUGAUCAAGACCUAAUUCUGUUCUGUGGAGCUCCUGAAAAUCGUUCUACCACCUUGACUGUGUUCACAGGACUGAGGCAGUUUUUUUUUUUUCAUCUCAACACAAAGCCGCUAAGCACUUACAACUUUGUAUUGUUUAUCUGAGCAUCAGAGGUGACCUGUAAAGAAACUGAAAACAAAUCAGUCAUUUCUUUUUUUAAUUUAAUAAUAAUGGAAAGCUGAAACUUAAUUAAUAUACAGAUUGAAACAAAUUUGGACAACAUGGCUUUUAUGUUGAUUUUGCUGUGGAUUUGCGCUAGUACGCUGCCUUAGAAACUGUAGUCUGCACACAGAUGAAAUUUUAGAAGUCUUUUCUUUAAAAACUGGUGUUUAUAGGAACGACUAAAGACUUAAUGGCUUAUUAUAGCCCAUAUAGCAAGUUUGUAAAUAGAUUCUAUGUUACACUCUCUUAGAGUAUAAAAAAUGAGCUUUUUUUCUUUAGGUACAGUGUGAUUUGGAACAGGAUGAGACAGGUUAUUUAAGUCUUGAAAAUGGUUAUUAAAUUGGAAAAUCUUAUUUUUGCUUAAUUUGUAAUGUAACAAACUGGGAAAUUCCUAUAUUUUGCAAGAACAUUUAGACUGUUCCCAAACCUGAAACAAAAGUUGGCAUUUACCCACAGAGUAGCAUGGAAUAUUUGGGAGGUUGAGAAAAUACAAUAAAAAAAGAAAUAAAAAAUGAAAGGAGAGAGUUUAUUUUGUACUACAUAGAAAUGCUUUUUGUAUCACUUCUUGUGUAUUGAUUAGUAAAUGUCAUUGAAAUCCUCUGUGUAUAAGACUGCCAAAUGCUUAUCUGGUGAUUAUUAGAUGCAGUGACAGAUUGGAGACUGCUAAAUCAUAACCUUGACAUACAGCUGUGUAUUAUUAUUAUUAUUAUUAUUAUUAUUAUUAUUAUUAUCAUCAUCACCAUCAUUUCUUGAUACUAUGUCUAUAUUUAAUCUUUUUUAUUGAAUCUGUUGCGCCUGUUUAUGAAAUUAUAAAUAUAGGUGUUUGUAAGUAACAAUGUUAGCAUCAAACAAUGUUUUCUCUUUAUUUUCAGCAGAACUGUUCCAAGCAACCAUGUAAAUAUUUUAUUCUUAUUUAGUUUUUAUUGUGUUAAAAAAUAAAGUCCAACCUGCAUUUUUGUGCAGUACUCACAAA